CACACUGGAGAGUGUGUUUGCGUCUGCACAUGUGUAUGUGUGAACAUGAGAUGGUCAAUUGUGACUAAGCUUCUCAUCCUUGCGAUUUUCAUCGUCAUCAUCUGCCUCCCGGAUUUUUUCACUUCAUACACAGUAUCAAAAGUCAACCUGGUCUGUUUGCCGUGUGAACGGGACAAGCGAGCCAAGAAGAGGGAAAACUGGCAGAGUGUGGAGGCUGAGGUGAAAAGAAAGAUGUCAUGUGACCCGCCUCCCAUCCCAGGAGAUGAGGAAUGGCGUGAGAGGUGUGACGAGAGAGAAGCUGACAGCGGCCCCACGUCAGACGACGCAAGCAGCGAAGAGCCUCACACGAGUUGGUAUAUGUGUGAAUCACAAGGCAGUGUGGCGGAAUUAUAUCAUAACAACUCAUUUUCAGCUGCAAAUGUCCACAUUGAGGUGUCAGUGAAGCUUCAACUAGGAAAUAGUACCUUUUUGAAGCUCACCUUAAGUGGCCACAGAAAUUCCAGCUCGCUGCGGCUUCAGCCACCUGAGGAGACGGACGACGGAGGUUGCAGCGUGGCAUCUUAUUGCUGUGCGCUAGUCCCGCCCACCUCUGAGACAUCCAAUCACACCGUUUGUCUGCUAAGACUGUCGAAUUACACAGUUUCUCCUGUAGCAGAAAAAGAGUUAGUCAAGACACAAGGUCCAGACGAGUGGAGUGCUGUGUUGAGGAUUCUCUGGCUGGUUCUCUUGUGUGUGGUAUUGCUGACCUUGAGCUCAGCUUUCCUCAGAAAAUUGAAACGGAGUGGACACUGCUGCAAGAAAGUACACCCGCUUGGUUAUAGCUUCACUGGGCAGCAACUGAAAGAUGGAAGCAAUGACAAGAUCAAGAUUUUAAAAGAGAGAAACCUUCAUAUGUGCGAGCUUCGCUCCACAUGGUCAGGAUUAUCUACUAUUCAAGAGGUCCAAGUAGCCGAUGAUGCAGAAACUGUACUGGAUGGACCUGUGGAAGACUCUUAUGUGACUGGUAAACCAACACAUUCCUAAUCUUCAUCACCGCCCAACAGUGACUUUUUCCCUGACAGAGGAGCUGAGCUGCUGAACACAGCUCGAGUCUCACAAAGAAAAAGAAACACAACAAUAUCAUCAUCCAUCCAUGACUAGGGUGUAAAGUGACUUCAUUUUCAAAUGCUCAUUAACAUUACAACGCAACGUUUCCACACAAAA